UUCCAGUUCUGUAUCAGCGAUAACACCCUAGACCGAAAAUACUUGCGCAAGUACAACGUCUUGUGAGGACGCAGAAGACUACGGAACAUCAGCUGUGGUGACAGAGAGUCAGAAUGAGGAACCUUUCAUCGAACUGCUGCCUGUUGGCAGCUCAGCAGUUUGGGGAGUCUUAUUUCCCAUGCCAAAACGGAAAAAGAGGUCCAGCAUACCUGUCGUGGGUGUUAGACUGUGUUUCCAAAUGUAAAGGCAAGAGAAUAUCCUUACAGAAUCCAGCAGAUGCCACACUCAUAAUAGGAGACCUGGAGGACACCAUCUACAGAGAGAGACCAGAUGAGGUGAACGGGUGGGGAAAAUUCUACCUUCCCAAGACAGUGACGAUGCAGGUUAUAGGUGUAGUGGAGGGCACCUCGUGUCCGUGUGACCAGCUUGUUCUGAUGACCUGCGAGGACAAAAAGCUGUACGCCUACGAUGGAGAGGAGCUGCAUCUGGUGGCUUCAAGCCUGCAUCAGCUGUGGACUGAGGGAAUAAAGUUUUCAGCAUCCAAGAGCUACUACCACGGGGAGGCCUUCAAACAUAUGACAAAGCAGGACUGGGCGGACGCGAGGAAGGGCCCUGUGGGGAGGAGGUUGGACGAGGAGCAUCAUAAACUGGUGUUAUCAAAAAAGUCCUCAUUCAUGGAGAAUCUCAGAAUCGCCAGACAACGAGCUGUGGUGCUAUGAUACAACUAAGGACUCAUCAUGCCUCCAAGCCAGCGACAGGCAGAUCCAGAGACAGCCAGAGCCAGAGACACAUUGUUUUUGGUCAAAGGUGUGGGUCGCGUUGAAAACAUGGUUUUGGCCUUGUGAACGCAAUAUCUCCAGAACUCUUCAAGGGAAUCCCUUGAAAUUUAGUACAAACGUUGACUUGGACUCAAUGACGAACUGAAUAGACUGUGGUGGUCAAAACCCACCAUUACUCACUAUGAUGUGUAUAGUAUGAGUUUGUAAUAUGUGUGUGUGUGUGUGUGUGUGUGUGUGUGUGUGUGCACUCAUAUUUAGUAUUCUGUGUUCAUGCCUCUGUAAAUCUGUAAUCUCUGUAAAGAAAAUAAAAAUAUAAUAACAAAAACAAUG